CUCAAAUUCAAUUUCAUUAACUUUCACAACACUAAGACGAGGACUGCGUAGAAGAAGCCUGAAGCAGAUCUAAGUGUAGAUCAAUUUUAGAAAACUAAAUGGGUUUGAAGGAGGAAUUUGAGAAGUAUGCAGCGAAAGCCAAGACUUUGCCAGAGAGUACAUCAAAUGAGAACAAACUCAUUCUUUAUGGAUUGUAUAAGAGAGCCACUGUUGGACCUAUCAACACUAGCCGUCCAGGAAUGCUCAACAUGAAGGAUAGAGCUAAAUGGGAUGCAUGGAAAGCUGUUGAAGGGACAUCAAAGGAUGAAGCAAAGAGCGACUACAUCACAAAGGUGAAACAGCUCAUGGAAGAAGCAGGCAUUGCUAUCUGAAAACAUUUCCAUCUUUCUUGUUCUUUAAUUCUCUCUCGCUCUCUAUCUUUUCCAAUUUUCAUGCCGCAAACUUCUCAUGACUUUGAAAAUAAACCAUUAGUAAUGUUUACUCUCAUAUCAUACUACCAUUAAUGUCUAAUUUGUUUGCAAUGAAUUAGAAAUCCAACCAUCACCCUGUGGCUGCGAUCAAUUCACAUACCACAAAAACAAACUUGUUCG